AUGGCUACUGAUGAUAGUAACACUAAUGGAGGUUGGGCUGCUGCUCUCUCACAGAAACCAAUUAGUAGAUCAAACAGUAAUUAUUCCAUCAGAGAUACUCCGUCUUUUCCUCGAGCUUCAUCAACCACCAAUAUCAACCAAGGAGUUGCAGAACUUAAUGUCAACGAAGAGUUCAAUUGGGUGGAAAUACGCAAUCAUCUUCAUACUCAAUUCCAAGCAGAUUUGGCCAGUGCUAAAGCGACUGACGGGUCUGUGGUGGUGUUUAAGCUGUUAGAACUGAAUAAUCCAUGGCAACUGAAUCACACUUCAAAUAAACUCAAAACGAAGUCUAUCAAAUUUAACUUGAUGUCGGAGAUAAAUAAGAGUUUAGCAAAACGGACUUUAAAUGAUCGCCCUUAA